AUGGCUGCGAAGAAUGUUUUGCGCAGAGCAAUGCUCUAUGUGCCGGGCUCUUCUCAGAGGUUCAUCGAUAAGUCCCGCUUGCUCAGCGUCGACUGCGUGGCGUACGACCUCGAGGACAGCGUGACGCCCAACCGAAAAGUCGAGGCGCGGGCGCUAGUCCGCAAAGCUCUAGACCAAGAGGCGCCCAGCGGAGUGAAAGAGCGGGCAGUGCGCAUCAACAGCGUGAGCUCGGGGCUCGCGCUGGCGGAUAUUGAAGAGUUGGCCAAGUCCAAGAACCUGACGACGCUGGUGGUGCCGAAAGUCGACAGUGCGAGCGAUCUAACGUUCAUCAGCGACGUGCUGGCACACACCAGGUCGAAGGAGUACAGCGGCACACCGGUCGGGGUGAUUGCGCUGAUCGAGUCGGCGCGAUCGCUGUCGAACCUGCCCGAGAUAUGCCGGGCGGCGCCACAUCUGCUGCAGGGCCUGACAUUCGCGGCCGAGGACUUUGCGCUCGACAUGAGCAUCACGCGCACGCCCAGUCUGAGCGAGUUUCUGUAUGCGCGGCAGGUGAUCGCCACCACCGCACGCGCCUACAAUCUGCCCAACAUCAUCGACCUGGUCACGACGGCGUUCAAGUCCGAGGCCGACCAGGAGACCCUCGUCCGCGAAUGCGAGCAGGGCAAGAGUAUGGGGUACAAUGGCAAGCAGUGCAUCCAUCCCAGCCAGGUCGACACGGUCCAAAACAUCUUCAGCCCCAGCCAGAAGGAAGUCGAGUGGGCCGUCAGAAUCACCAUUGCACAGAAACGCGCCGAGGAACAGGGCAAGGGCGCCUGGGCCUUGGACGGCAAAAUGAUCGACGCCCCGGUCGAGGGCAAGGCGCGGGCCAUUGUCGCAAAGGCCGAGCUUUGUGGCCUAGAUGUGGCCAGUCUGAAAGAUAGAUAUAAAGACCAGCAGCCUGAAUGA